UAGGAAAGGAAUAAUCCAAACCAAAUAGGCGUCUUUGGGUUUGGAUAUAAAGAUGGAAACUAAGUCCACUCCACUACGAUUUGAAUGUGUAACUUUUGGGGAAUAUGCUGGGGGCCGAAUAAAUUCUCCAGCUGUUUCCCUUUUUUGGGUCCAGACUUCUUGCUGUUGCAGUGACUUCCCUGAGUGCAGAACCUCACUGAACGUCGUCGAGAAGCAACAAGCCAGGAGUUGAGUCUCCCCGAAGUUCCUCAGCAUGCGAAGGGGCAGUUUUUACGUCAGGUACAAGAAACUCCUCCGCAACUGUAAUCUGCUUCAGCAAACCAUAUGGCUAAAUAUCUCAAGACCUUGUUGGCUUCAGGAUUCCGGAAAUAUUUCGUAAUUUGUAUAAACAGGGUACGAGAGAAGCAUGCCGCCCUGGCACUAGAAAGCAACGCUUCAACGUCAUCUGAUAUCAGUACAAAGGCCAUGGGAGAAGUCCUGAGGAAAUAUGACAAGGUUCAUGGCUCAAUAAACAACCUGAAAUGCCAAAAUGUGCAGCUUGAGGACCUUAAAAACCCUUGCCUCUGUGAAUUGAUGGCAUGGCACAUAAAUGUGAAGGAAAAAAAGAACAAAACUACUAUUCCUGGACUAUUGGAUGACUGCAAGCUGCAAAUAAGUGAAGGAAGAUUUUCCAUUUCAGCAUCUCUUUCCAAUUCGAGGGUGCUUGAUGUUGAUCUAACUUGUUCAAUCUGUUUGGAAGCAUUAUUUGAUCCAGUUUCUCUCACAUGUAGUCAUAUGUUCUGUUACAUGUGUGCUUGUUCUGCUGGAUCAGUAUCUACCAUUGAUGGAAUAAAGGCUGCAGAUUCAAAAUCAAAAUGCCCAUUGUGCAGAAAAAAUGGUGUGUUCAGUGGAGCAAUGCGCAUGUCCCAACUAAGCAUUUUACUGAGAAGAAAAUUGCCAGAAUACUGGGACGAACGGCGGCAGAAGGAGCGGAAAGCACGGCUGGAAGAAGCUAAAGAAUACUGGCAGUUACAAUGUCGUGCCUUCGUUGGAAUUGACUAGAGUUGGAGACCGAGAAGAAGAUCAAUCUUGGCAGUCCUCUUUCCUCUGUAUUGAGAAGAACCAAGAACCAAGAACCAGAUGUCUUUGUUUUUGUUUUGUUUUCCUUCAAUAUUUCAUAGAAACUGUGCUAUAUUUGUGGAGUUACAAGUGGGCUCAUGCUUCAUAGUUUGGGCAGAAAUCAGAUGGUUAACCGAAGAGAAAUCUUAAAGAAAGAAAUGUUCAAUACAAAAAACA